CAUCCUGGUUAUGAAGACGUGACCACCCAGCUUGCCACCUUACUCGCGACAAGCCCACUUCAUUUCAUCCAUGUUUACGACCCGGAGUGUGCUCGCAUCGCAUCCGAAUGUCUCCGUGGUCUGCUUGAGCACUUAUCUGAGGAAAUUCCCUGCUUCAGGUACGCGUUCGCGAAUGCCGUGGCCUGCUUCACGCCACGCCUCUUCUAUGACACGGUCAUAAACGCGCUCGCUCGACACACACCGACCUGGGAAGAUGGGUGCGAAAACUGGGCUGGGCCGAGCGGGGAGGGGCAGAGGUGGAAUGAGAGCAUCGACACGUUCCUGCAUGGCCUGAGAGCGGUGAGCAAACACGAACAGCAAUGGGGUAGGGAGAGAUGCAGAAUGGUGCUCGUGGUGGAACGUCCAGAGCGACUUAAGGAGAACACACCCGAGCUCUUGGUGCCUCUCACACGGCUCGCUGAGCUGUCCCGAGUUGAUAUUGUCACGAUUUUUGUAUCCGACGUCCGCUGGGAGGACCUCCGGUCACCAUUGGGCGCGUCGCCUGAACCUCUUCACAUAUCCGUGCCUGUCCUCUCCAACAAAGUGAGCCCUCAAACCGUCUCAGACGCUUGCAUCAUACUUCCCUCAGGACAGUUCAACUCUCGUAAACUCGAACGUCGAUCCCGACGCCUACAACCCCGUCUUCCAGCACUCUACACCCAUUUUAUAGCGACGGUUCACAGCAUCUGCGGACCUUUCACUCACGAUCCCAACGAGCUCGCCUACAUCGCCGCGGCACGCUGGCCAGGGUUCAUUCAGCCAGUGCUCGACGAGCACAGGCAGCGCUUGCGCGAGUACGAGGAAUACCUCGCGAACCGAGGCGAUUAUGACGAAGGGGACGAAGAGAUGGGCCCCCCCGAGCUCGUCGCGCCGACGGAGGACACUCGCCUCCGCCUUCUCCGCCUGUUCACGCCCUCUCUCACCGCAGCCCUGGAAGCACUCUACCCCCGACUCACCAACGCCGCAGACUGGGCGCGCACGCAUGCGCCACCUCCGGAUCUCCUUGCCUUGCACCCCUCCCAGGUUCCUCACGCCUUCCGGUCCGCUGCGCUCGGCAAUGCGGACGGCAUGAUUGGCAGAGGCGUCGACGACUUGCCGCGGAUGGCGAAGUUCGUCCUUGUCGCUGCGUUCCUGGCGAGCACGAACCCGCCGAAGAGCGACGUGCGGAUGUUCGGGCGGGGUCUGGAUGAUCGCAAGCGAAGACGCAGAAAGGGAGGGGGCCCGCGCAAAGGCAGGCCGGGCACCGCCACGAAGGCAAGUCAUGGCAUUACCAUUCUAAUCCCACAGCGGCUGCUCGGCCCCCUAACGUUCACGUUGGAUAGGCUAGUCGCCAUUCUUGGGGUGCUCUUGGAGGAGAACGACGCAGAAACACGCCCCCCUGCCCCGCAGUACACCGUGCCCGGGGAGUACACCGACGUCGAGAUCUCCCGCGUUGCGAUCUUCGCGCAGGUGAUCGAACUUUCUUCGAUGCGCCUCCUGAUGCGCACUUCGCCGAGUGAGAAGAUCGACAGUCCGGCUACGUUUAAGUGCGGCGUCUCUUACGACACGGCGCUGAAGCUGGCCAAGGAUGUCGGUGUACCAUUGAACAGCCUGAUAUGGGAG